GAACUAACGAUCAGUCCACGUACCUACCUAGAUGUCAAGGUUCCGCUGUACAGGGACUCAGUGACCUUGCCUUCAGUGGCUCUUCAUCAGCCCCUAUCAGUUGUUAUCAGUUCUUGUUACCAACCAUUGACAAUCUCUUUACACCCCCACACCCCCCCCCCCCCCCCCCCCAGUGUCAGUGUGUCAGUGUUCCAGUGUUCCAUUGUUAUUACGAGGAACGUAAUGGAUCAUACCAAACAUUUUCAAAAACAUUUUCGUUCAACGCUAGAACUCUCGAAGCCCUGGUAUUUAUUGCUUCAGGCUUCCACUCUUGAGCCGUUCAUUAUUUCCUUCGAUUCUUGGGAAGCCACACGAGAGAUGCAAAUGCGGGUGUGCUGCGACGACGUUUGCCCUCUGACCACGUAUUCUGGAUCUCUUAAAGGCGAGCGAUCGUGGCGACGGCUCGCCCUACAGUGUCCAAAAACAACACGAACGGUGGGUGUCUGCCCUACAUUGGCUCAUAAAUUUUUUCUUUUGUCGAUGGCUACUAAAAAAGAAGGUGUGUUUUAA